CACCUGAAAGAUACCGGGAGCACCUGCUCGGGGAAACAGGGAGACCAGAUGUCCUAGGCCCACAGGUGUAUUCAGAGCCCCACAGAGAGAUUUUGUUAGAGCAGCAGAGUGUGGCCUCUGCUUUAGGAUAUGGGUCAAACUGUUUCAAGGUCCAAAUUCAGCAACACCCCGCACAGCCGUCAGUGGUCGAUUUUCCCCAGGUCGGGGGCCCUGCUCUGUGGUCAGAUUCUGCCUUGUUGGCCCAGGCUGAGCCCCCAGGGAGACAGCCGGCCAUGGGCACCUGCUCAGAAGACCCCGACCUGUGCAGGGCCUCCUGGCUCCUAGGAUUCACCAGCCUCCUCCUCAGCGUCUGCAGCGCUGUGACCCAGAGUGCUGGAGCCCAUGGUUCUGGAGUUGAGGAUUCUGGAAUCCCUGUUUCUCUGAAGGGGGCUCAAGGAGGUUCUGUGUGGUUUCAUGUGAUCAGAAAUCCAGAAUUACCUCCAGAGGUCGAGCUGGAGAAGAUUUCUUGGGGCAAUGUAUCCAGGGCCAACUACAUAGUCAUGCUGCACGUGUUUCCUGGGAGAGAUGUUCCAGAAUGGGUCAACUUCCAGGACAAGUUUGAGAAGAGGGUCCAUGUGCUCAACAUAACGACCCUGAGGAUUGACAACCUGACCCUUGAGGACAGUGGGCGGUACCGGGCUCGAGUCGGCUACAGGCGAGGAAGACAAUAUGACCAGGAUUUCCGCCUGAGGGUCUACGAGCCCGUGCCCCUUCACCAGAUCCGGGGCACCGUUCUGUCCCUCACACCAGCCUGGUGCAACGUCACUGUGGAGUGUGACGCCAACGGAACCAGGGAGGACCUGACCGUGACCUGGGAGAGCGAGGGUCUCUCCAGGGAGCUGGAGCAGAGACCCGCCCCAGGACCAGCCCCCAAUCCCUGGACCAUGGCUGUGAACCUGCCCCCGAGCCAGCCCAGCACCAGCCUCACCUGUGUGGUCAGCAACCAGGUGGACCAGAAAACUGCCACCCGGGACCUUGGGGACGUCUGUGGCCACGAAACAGAUCUACGUGGACUGUCCCUUUUUGCUCUCCUGCGUGAUAUCCUGGGUACUAUUGUGAUCGUGCUGAUGAUCCUCGUAGCUGGACUGUACCUUUGGAAGAGACGUGGGAAGAAGAAGAGUUUGGAAUCUGUGAAAGGUGCAGGAUCACAGAAGGGGCACGUGGACCCAGAUGGUGGCAUCCACUAUGCAGAUCAGAUCCAUCAGGAGUCUGGAAACCACAGGGGCAAGGGUAGGGGUGCACCUCAUCUAGAAGAGGAGAAGCUUCUCACUACUGUCUACAAUGAGGUCCACAAACCAGGCCAGGCCGUAAGGAGGAUUUAAUGGGAAGAAGCAGGAGAAUCCCGCCCUCUGGGGACACCUGCUUGUGAGCCUGAUGCCCACAGCUCAGGUCCUGCCUCCUCCCCCUUCACUGCUCUGAGCAGGGACUGUGUGGAUCCAACCAUCAGUUAUUUCUAUGCUAAAUCGUUCUGCAUAAUUUUGCCAUGAGACACACACAGUGGUAGAUCAGGGGGAAACUGAGUAAAUAAAUUGGUACAAACCUGUUCCAGGAUCGCUCAGCCUCAGCUACCUCAGCAACUCUAGACGGCCCCGGCUCUCCCCCUCGUUUGUAUGACAUCAAACUGCCUUUCAGACUCUCAGCCUCUGGGACAAACCAUGGUGAUUUCACAACAUCCUGCCUCGACCAGUUUGAAUACCACCCAGCGUCAGUCAUGUGCUGAGAGUUGUUCACAGACAAUGUGAAUCUGUAAUCGUCAGCGCGGGCUGAGUGCUGGCUCGGUGACACGAACUCUCUGACAUUCUUCUCGCUCCUAACUCACUGGGUCCUCGUGGACUCUCUGUGACGUGGGGAUUGUUGUGCCCACUUCACAGAUCAGUAGAAGGAGCCAGAAAGGCUGACUCUCCGGGCCGCACAGCCAGGAGCCCCGGAGCCAGGACUCAGCCCAUAAGUCUCUCAGUGGAUCUCGUUCCUUCUACUGCGUCCCCAUCCAGCUGGAGUGGAGAGGGACCCAGGUGUCUCCGGUCCCUCUAGUCUCUCUGCCAUCUCGCUCCCGUCCAAACUUCCACAUUCGGGGCCAUUAGUGGGAUAGGCCAGACCCUGGGUCCUGGUCGACUCUCCUCCAGGGGAGACUCUCCAAGACUGCAGGGUUCCUGCUUUCCUGAUUUCUUUGGCAAAAGUGAGCAGAUAGAGCUUGUGAGAGGAACGGUCUCUCCUCUUCUUGCUUCCCUUUCUCAGCUGCUCCCUGUGCGGCUCACAAAUGCUGUUCGUGCUCACGGGCGUCCUUAGUUUCAGUGUCAUUUCUCCCUCACUAGCCUGCGGGCAGCCUGAGGGCAGAAGCUUCACCUUGUUCUCUGCCCCAUCUCCCGUGACUCGGACAGAGUUGCUUCCUGGUAGCUGUUCAGUAGUUGUUGGUGGGAGAUGAGAAGCAUUUGCUCAGAAAUCAUUUGUCCCUCGUCUGGGCUGCUAGGGGAGCCCACCCAAGCCCCCACCUCAGAUCACGUGAAGUUGAAUGUCAUUGUCUCUGCAGACGACCUACCCAGCACUGCCCACGUGGUUCUUUUUUUUUUUUUUUUAAGAUUUUAUUUAUUUGAGAGAGAGAGAAUGACAGAUAGAAAGCACGAGAGGGAAGAGGGUUAGAGGGAGAAGCAGACUCCCCGCUGAGCAGGGAGCCCGAUGUGGGACUCGAUCCCGGGACUCCAGGAUCAUGACCUGAGCCGAAGGCAGUCGCUCAACCAACUGAGCCACCCAGGCGCCCUGCCCACGUGGUUCUGCCCAGAGAAGCUCCAGGGUCUCCUGUGUCGGACCCGCUCAGUGUGCAUCCAGCCCCGGAACUCAGCGGUGCUGUGAUCCUAGCUGCUAGUGAUGUGGGAAACAAAGGCAGAAGAAAAAUUAUUAAAUUUCCUUACUCCCUAUAGCUCCUUGACAAGUCCUUGAAACAGGCAGAGUGACCUUCCUCUAGGAACUCAGCUGCAUCUGUGUUAAUACUUUUCUAAGGCCAAAAGGCAAUCUUAGCCCAACCCCCAGGACCCUGUAAGUCUACUUUAACAUAAAAAUUCCUUUGGAAACUUCCUUUAUCUCUAAAUCCCCCAAGAUACAUGUUGGCAAUCAUCCCCCAAACAUAUGAUCCACCGAUACACAUCUGAAGGGUCUCAUGACUAAGGUUUUAUUGGACAGUAAUAAAUAUCCUGUUGUUACAGCUAGCCCCCUCAAGGUCCUGGAAACCUUGCUUCCUAAUUCCUUAGAGACUUAUGCCCUCCCUAACCGCCUCCCAAGUUGAAAGUAUAUAAUGGGAAACUCCUCAUGACCCCAUUGCAGUCCUUUCUGCCCAGGGGUCCUAUCCCCAUGCUUUAAUAAAGCCACUUUUUUGCACCAAAGACAUCUCAAGAAUUCUUUCUUGGCCAUCAGCUUCAAACCCUAACAUCUUUCCUACAUGACUAGGAUCAUGUCUCACCCCUUCUGCCGUCAUGCUGAUCUCCCACGGGGAUUCCAUCAUGUUGAUAUGACCAAGUGAGAAGGAAGCAGCAGGUACACUAGAAGUCCACACGUACAGAGAAGCACCAGAAAAUGGACUUUAAAUCCCAUGAAAAUCAAGGGUCCUGCCGUCCUAGUAUAGUUUCUAGGGGGUCCAAUCAUUUGGGGAAACAUCACCAUAUCCCUUCAAUGUUAUUUCAGGUUCUAAUGAUCUUUCUUCUUCUGCAUCAAUUCUAUGUUUUCCAAAUUUUAUAUAAUCAGCAUGGAUUAAAUUUCAUCAGAAAAAGCCCUUUUUUUCAAAUCUAUAUGCCUGUUGCUGAUCAGGCAGCCUGAG